CCGUAAUUUGAUUGCCUGAGUUAUGGGUCAAAGUACACGGCUUGUGUACGCGGAAACCAGACUGUGAUAGCUGCGACCUGUGGGAAUUUUCAGAUAUGGAUGGUGAGCAAGCACCUGCACUUUCAACACAGGCAGAAAAAGAGAAUAGGACAUCAAGAAGACCUCCUCAUGCUGUGCCCCAGACGCAACCGUUGUGCCACUUCUACUCUCAGGGCAGACAUUGCCAUUUUGGGAGGAGAUGUCGUUUCCUGCACCAGAGGGCUGAGGGGGCCAAGCAGGCACUGAGCACCCUGGAGAACAAGCCUCCGAGUGGUGCAGCAGACGGUGGGCAGACGCCGGGUCAGGAGCCAGUGCGCACGCCGGCCGCAUCUGCCACUCAGGAGACGUCUAGACAAGUGACCUGCCAGCCCUCACCUGCGGGCAGGGCCAGCCAGCCGGCUGGACGGCAGCGUGGUGGCGGUCGCCCCUGCAGAUACUUCCUGUCUGGCUACUGUGCAAUGGAGGACAGGUGCCGCUUUGUACACCCUCAGCAGUUUCCGCCCGUUGGCGAGCGGCCAGUCCCCGCAAGGGUGGCGAACAGUCCCAGUGCCAGGACUCCCGUUACCAGGCCGCACCAGGGGCAGCAAGAGGUCAAGCUCAGCGAGCUCACCAACGAGGUUGCUAAGCAGCUACGCACCACUGAAAUCCAGCAGCUCACCAAGCGGUUCCCUAAAGACAGGCUGAUUGUACAAGAGCGAGAGGACGGCAAGGUCACGUACUACCGGUUCACAGUGCAGCCCACUGAUCCUGACUGGCCUUUUGAUUUGAAGGACUUGGAGGUCAUGGUUUGCUUUCCAGACAGUUACCCACAAGAGGUGUUUACAGUGCAAAUUCCACAGGACCAAGACCUGCCCUCAGUCAUGGGAAGACACGUUCAGCAGGCGUCCACAGAGUGGCUCCAAGCCAAGCACGCCACUAACCAGCUGAUGGGCAAGUUGGAGCUGCUCUUCAGGCCAUUCCUGCGUUGGCUGGACCGUAGCAUGGAGCGCCUCUUUAUCGAGGGAGCCACAAAGCUGAAGAAGGACAUUGAGGCAGAGCGGGCAGGAAUCCAGUUUGUACCCUACCAGCAGCUACAGGCUGCGGUGUGCAAGGACCCCACCCCUGGCCUCCCCUCGGCCGUCUCAGACCCCACAGCUCCAGCUCCGGAGCCUUCUGGAACCGACAGCAGUCUGGAGGGUAGAGGUGUGGAGCAGGAGGGGCAGGAGAAGGAUGUGGAGGCAGGGAGUGAUGGCGUGGAGGAAGAGGACGACGAGGAGGAGGAUGAGGAGGAGGAAGAGGAGGGUGGCAGCCGGAGGGUGGAGAACGUGAGGAGUGGCGAGCGGCGCAGGGGCACUGAGGUGAAGCUGCUGGGCUUGCGGCUCGGCGAGGGCACUGCCACCGUGGUGGCCAGGCGGGUCACCGUCUCACUGCAGUGCAGUAGAUGUAAGGUGGCGUCGGACUUAACCCUGAGUGGGAGGCUGCCGUGCACAGCUCAGUGUGAGAAGUGUGGCGCGGGGAUCAGCGCGGCCUUCCGACCCAGCAUGUUGCACCAGUACAGCGACGUGCUGGGCUACCUGGACCUGAGCGGUGUGGUGCCCGUGGACCUGGUGCUGCAGGAGGCAGAGCUGGUGGUGGGCUGCCUGGGCUGCUCCCAGGAGGACGAUCUGCAGAACGUGGCCUAUGGGCAGAACAAGGAGACCAACUGUCAGCAUUGUCACAGCAAGCUCAGCAUCUUUGUGGACAGCACCCGAUUCACCCUCAUCCAGCCUCGGUCAACGAAGCAGACAGGGCAGGGUGGGUCAGCACUGUAUGCUCGCCGAUACAGAGACCCAGCCAUCCAGGGAGGGAAGCCCCUGCCAGACAAAGGGACCUGCAGGCAUUACAAACAGAGUCAUCGCUGGCUUAGGUUCCCUUGCUGUGGCCGGGCGUACCCAUGUGACGUGUGUCACGACGAGGACCAGGAUCACCACAUGGAGCUGGCCACCAGGAUGAUCUGUGGCCACUGUGCCAAAGAACAGCCCUUCACUAAUGGUAAGCCAUGUGUUGGCUGUGGUGGAAUGAUGACGAGGUCUGCUCACAGCAGUCACUGGGAGGGAGGUCUGGGUUGCAGGAGCAAAGUCAAAAUGAACAGGAACGAUCGACAAAAGUAUGCAAGCACAAAUAAAACCAUAUCCAGGAGAGCGACCAGCAAGAACUGACAUUCAAGACAUCUGCAUUACUGUCAAUGGCUGGGUGUUUUGCAAUGAACAAUGAUUUUUUUUUUGUCAAUAAAUCAUAGAAUGAAUGAUACAGUAACUUUA